CUGCAGUGCAUGUGACAGGACCACUGGAUAACCUGCUGUGGCCACUCUAGAAGCCUCUGCCAUCUCCUGCUGGGCCCUUCCACCCUCAUGCCUGGCCAUGGAAUGCUCUAGUGAGCUGGAAUGAAGGUCAGACCUGUGGCUGUGAUGUCACAGAGCACAUGGAGUCAGAGGUCUAAUGGUCUGAUGGAAAAGCAGAGGCAAAAGCGACACUGGGCAGGGGUAAGGGCUGGGACACGGAGAGGGCAGGAGCCUGGGAGCAGUGGGAGCGGAGGACAGAGGCCCUGGUGGGUGGGCAGGCCCUUGACCUCCCUGGGCUCCCAGCCCCACAGGGUAGCAUUCCUGGCUGCCAUCCUGCUGCUGCUGCUGCUGCAGGUAAAAGGAGCCAAGACUCAGAAGAGCAGCACAGGGCCAGAGGAGGGGGCCCUGGAAGAGAAAACGCCCCCUGCAGAGCAGGGCCAAGAGCAGUAUGAAGAGCACUUCAUGGCCUCCUCGGAGGGUGAGAAGUGGCAGGUGAUGGACAUGGCCCGGCAAGAGGAGGACUUCACCUCUGACACAGCAGCUGCCCAAGACCACCGCCUCUUCGAUCUGGCUCUCUGCUUUAACUUGGCCAGCAUCAUGGUUUUUUUCUUUUUUUUUGAGGGAUGUUGAGAAUAAGGAGAUGGCUUGGCUCCUGGAGGAGGAAGACCCAGAUUUUUUUUCCUUGACUUCUUGAUCGCUUACUGAUCUCCACUCUCUACUGGGUUCCAUGCCACAGCUCCCCAAAGAGAUACCCACACCACUCCCUGCACACUGCUCCCUGCUCUUGCCAGCGGCACCUGUCCUUAGGGUGCAGCCUUUCCUGCAUGGCUUCUGCCUGAUGCCACCCCAAGCCCACAGCUCUAUGGUCCAGGGCCAGAGGCCUCAGAGCCGUGCCCUUUUCCCUCCCAUGCCUCCACUGGUUUUGUCCAAUAUAGCAGAUUGGAGGGCAGAGGCAUUGACAGUAAAACAGCAAUAAAAUCCUGAAAAUAA